GAGCGCUUGCCGCUUAUGCGGACUAGGAACUUUGAAGUGUAUGUGCAGCAGCAAUGGCUUACGAGGUGUUCUCGCACCCGGCUCUCGUUCGCUACAGGACGAGUUUCUUCUCCAAGGCGUCGCUGUUCAUCGUCGCCACGCUUCUGCUCACCUACAUCCCGCCUCUGCUCGUCGUCUACCGCAGCCAAGGCUUCUGGCUGAGAACAGCCUCAUUUGUGGAGCAGCCGACCGUGAACUUCAACUAUAACAUCAUGCUGCUGCUGGAGACGAGCUCAACGCCCAUCGCAUGGAGCACGUUCGAGAACCUCAACUCUCUGCUGCCCGAGCUGCGCACUCCUUUCGUUACCGCGAGGGAGGAGGACGUGAAUCUGGACGGAAAAGCAGACCGGUUGCACUGUUCCCUGUCCAUGCCAAUGAAUGCUGCAGAUGAAGUGGUCGGUGUGCAUCUUCUGCUCACCUUUUCCUACAAGCUGUUUCGAAUGCCCACGCUGGUGAUGCAGAGCAUGGCCCUGGCACAGCAUUCUUCCCCGCUGCAUGGCUCCGAGCUGAGCGUCAAUGGAGACCUGCGUCUUCGGCAGCGAGAGCCACUUGCUCACCGUGGCCUGGACACGCGUUACAAUGUUUCAGUGGUCAAUGGUAGCAGUCCAUUUGCCGAAGCUUACGAUUUUACCGAGAUAAUCCACGCCUAUCAGGAAAGGAAUGUGAGUACAGUACUUGGCAACACGAUGGCUAUGUGGAAGUCUGGCCGAGCUGAUACCACCCCCUUCGUCAUUAACCUGCUCAUCCGCUACCCAGAGGAGACCAUCACUUACCAGCCAGGCUUCUGGGAGCAGAUAAAGUUUGGCUGGGUGCAGUACGUCAGCGUUCUGCUCAUCUUCCAUUGGGUCUUCCAGAGAAUCAAAACGUUUGUGUUUGAGAAUCAGGUUCUACGAACAAUCCCCAUCAACCCCUUCAAAAUACACCGAGCAUGACAACUUUGCACAGCAGAUGGCCUCUACGCUCAUCAGGGACAUCAGUCUGGACAAUGCACUGCAACCAAAUCUGUACCCAUAUGUUGAGCCCCUUA